AUGCCUUCGGAACACGGUCACAGACGUGAGUACACCUCUGGAAUUGUUGAAUGUUAUGGUUUCGGUUAUGGUUAUGGUUAUGGUUAUGGGGUGUGCGACAACGGGUUCACUUGGAUCUACGUCAAGGGACGUCACCUGAGCUACCAGCGCUCCAAGCGCCAGGUCAACCCCAACACCAGUCUGAUCAAGAUCGACGGUGUUGACAACACCGAGGCUGCCAACUUCUACCUCGGCAAGAAGGUCGCUUUCGUCUACCGGGCUAAGCGCGAGGUUCGGGGUUCCAACAUCCGGGUGAUCUGGGGCAAGGUUACUCGUCCUCACGGCAACUCCGGCGUUGUCCGUGCUCAGUUCCGCCACAACCUCCCCCCCAAGUCCUUCGGCGCUACUGUCCGCGUCAUGCUCUACCCCUCCAACAUCUAG